AUGGCAAAUCAAACUGUCGUUAACUUCCUUACCGUACCGACGCUAACUACAUUAAACCUCCGACAUAAUCAAAUCGGAAAUGUUGGAGCAAAAUCUUUGGCUGAUGCAUUACGACACAAUACAGCACUUACUACGCUCAAUCUCUCUGGUAAUGGCAUCGGAAAUAUUGGUGCACAACUUUUGGCUGAUGCACUACAACACAACACAGCACUCACCACGCUUGAUCUUGCUGGGAAUAAAAUCGGAGAUGUUGGAGCACAAAAUUUUGGUGACGCAUUGCAACAUAACACAACACUCAUCACACUAAUCCUAUGGCAAAAUGAAAUCAGUGAUAUUGGAGCACAAUCCUUAGCUGAUGCACUACAACACAACACAGUAACUCUUAUUCCCUCUUUAUCUACACUAAUUACAUUAAACCUCGCAUAUAAUCAAAUCGGUAAUGUUGGAGCAAAAUCUUUGGCUGAUGCAUUACAACACAAUACAGUAACUAUCAUUCCGACUUUAUUCAAACCAUGUCUUUAUCUUCGCUUUUUCAUCAAGACGCUAAUCACAUUAAACCUCCAACAUAAUCAAAUCGGGCACGCUGGAGCAAAAUCUUUGGCCGAUGCAUUACGACACAAUACAACAUUCACAACGCUCGAUCUUUCUAAGAAUAAAAUCGGACGUGUUGGAGCACAAUCUUUGGCUGAUGCAUUACGACACAAUACAACAUUCACCACGCUCGAUCUCUCUGGUAAUAAAAUCCGACGUGUUGGUGUACAAUCUUUGGCUGAUGUAUUACGACACAAUACAACACUCACGGCACUACAAUUGUCGGACAAUAAAAUUCGACAUGUUGGCGCACAAUCUUUGGCUGAUGUAUUACAACAUAAUACGACUCUCACGACAUUGGAUCUCUCGCGCAAUGAAAUUGGAGAUGUUGGUGCGCAAUCUUUGGGUGAUGCAUUACAACACAACACAACACUAAUCACAUUAAAUCUCCAAGAUAAUGGAAUCGGAGAUGUUGGUGCACAAUCUUUGGCUGGUGCAUUGCCAUACAACACAACAUAUUAUGGUGAUAGUAUUUCUUCAGGUUUUCUACUUUGUACUGCUGGAAAUGAUGAUGCACCAGGCUGA